GACUCCUCUAUAAAUACGACCCGGGGUGAAAGUAACGGUGUUGACUUGUUAUCAACACCGCACUGAUAGGACUUUACCUCAGAUACAGCCACAUUAUAAUAAACGCCUAGAACGAACUGCGUUGGUCAGAAAAAGUGCAUGACCGGUGUUUGAAUAUUACUCAAUAGGCUGGACUUUAUUAAACAAUAGUGGGACAUUAAAAAGGAUUUGCUUAAAUUGGCUGGACGAUUGUGGGAUAUUAAAACUUGAAGAUGCCAGCUGAUAUUUUGGAGAAAACAUCCCCAUCCUCUGUCGCAGCCACUCCGUCGAGGGUCAGUGGAACUCCGGAUAAACCAAGGACUGCCUCAGAGCACAGAAAGUCCUCAAAGCCAAUUAUGGAGAAGAGAAGACGUGCGCGAAUCAAUGACAGCCUUGGUCAGCUAAAGACCCUCAUCUUGGAUGCACUAAAAAAAGAUAGCUCGAGACAUUCGAAGCUCGAGAAGGCGGACAUCCUUGAGAUGACUGUGAAGCACCUUAGGAAUAUGCAGCGUCUCCAAAUGACUGGCCUUCCCUUACGCCCCCUCGGUUUGAUGCCCAUUUUUCUCACCCCUACCGCCUCAAAAGGAAGGAUGACAAGCAUUAAGUUAGCUCAAGCUGGCCCCUCAGUGUGAUCAUUGAUUGAUGAGCCAUUGGUCACAAAGACAGUGACACGGUGAGAGGAACCCUGCUAUAGGAAAUCUUCCUGACAUGUACCGGAAACAUCCACUGUGACCGCCUCCAUGUUGAAUUGGCCUGUAUUGUUCUUGGGGGCAGUAACAAAUGUUUUCCAAGGGUGAACUCUGUGAGCAAAUAGUUCACAUCCGAUGGCUAUGCUAAACAAGCGCAUAGAUUAUGCACUUGACAUCAGUAGUGAAUGAAUUCAGAUAUGUGUGAACUAGAGAAUGGCCCCUUAUCACUCAUCCUAUUCUCUUCCCACUGGGUAAAAACUGGUCGAAUCAAUGUCGUUUCCUUGUAAUUUCAACCCAAGAAUUCGAUGCGGUGACGUUGACUCAAUGUGGAAAACUGAUUACAUUUUCAAAAAGUAAUCAAUGUAACAAGGGCAUUUCGUCUCUUUUUCACCCAACCUUUUAAAUUAGAUCUGAUGAUACGUUUAUUUAAUUUUUUAAAUUCCAAUCAGAUUAGUUUAAAUCUUGUUUUGAUGUUUUUUAUGUUUUUUAUUAUGUUGGUGUGCUGUCCCCUUUUUCUCCACACAUAGUGUUGUGUGGUCCUUCCAAACAACUCAACUGUAGUUUCAUCUGUCCACAGAAUAUUUUUCCAAUAGCGCUGUGGAACAUCCAGGUGCACUUUUUCAAACUUCAGAUGUGCAGCAAUAUUUUUUGGGGGGGGGACAGCAGUGGCUUCUUCCAUGGAGUCCUCGCAUGAAUACCAUUCUUAUUUAGUGUUUUACGUAUCGUAGACUCGACAACAGAGAUGUUAGCAUGCUCCAGAGAUUUCUGUAAGUCUUUAGCUGACACUCUAGGAUUCUUCUUAACCUCAUUGAGCAUUCUGCGCUGUGCUCUUGCAGUCAUCUUUGCAGGACGGCCACUCCUAGGGAGAGUAGCAACCGUGCUGAACUUUCUCCAUUCAUAGACAAUUUGUCUUACUGUGGACUGAUGAACAUCAAGGCUUUUAGAGAUGCUUUUGUAACCUUUUCCAGUUUUAUGCAAGUCAACAAUUCUUAAUCUUAGGUUUUCUGAGAUCUAUUUUGUUCAAGGCAUGGUGCACAUCAGGCAAUGCUUCUUGUGAAUAGGAAACUCACAUUUUGUGUGUGUUUUUAUAGGCAAGGCUGCUGUAACCAACAUCUCCAAUCUCAUCUCAUUGAUUGGACUCCAGGUUAGCUGACUCCUGACGACAAUGAGCUUUUGGAGAAGUCAUUAGCCUAGGGGGUUCACAUGCUUUUUCCAACCUACACUGUGAAUGUUUAAAUUCUGUAUUCAAUAUAGACAAGAAAAAUACAAUCAUUUGUGCAUUAUUACUUUAAACAUACUAUGUUUGUCUAUUGUUGUGACUUAGAUGAAUAUCAGAUCAAAUUGAUGACCAAUUCAUGCAGAAAUCCAGGUAAUUCCAAAGGGUUCACACACUUUUUCUUGCCACUGUAUACACGCAUAAAGUGUCUCAGACUAAUGAGUGCUGAUCUAAGAUCAUGUCCCCCUUGGCUAUAUUAUUUUAUUCGUCAUUAUCUAAAAGUCAAAACUGAUCUUAGAUCAGCACUACUACUCAAAUUGUGAAGGUCCUGAGACAUGUUUCUUAGUUUUUAGACAUGGCUUUUGGAUUGAGCCAAGUAGCAACAUGACAACCUGAUAUCGCAAUGAUUGCAUUUUUCACCAUAGAUACGACUACUGAUGUCAGAUAUUUAAAUCAAGGACAUGACUACUGUACUACAUCACCUGCUACCAGAUCUUCAAAGCUGUUGACGUUGGUGUCUGCAGGUCUUGUUACCCCCUUCUGUUCCUGCCACACUUGGCUCUCUGCCCACAUGGGGUUACGACCAGCACCAUAAAGAUGAACGUUCACUGCAGGUGUCCCUUUAAAGUGAGAUCGCCCCAUAACUGGGGGUUGGUUCAGUUACAGCCUUGACCUUUUGAGCUGAUUGGGUGGAUGCGAUUAGAAACUGAAUAACCAUGUGUGAGGCAUAUGGGGGUGAUCAUUGAGAGGGCUUGCUAAAGUUUUAUAGGGAUUUUAGGGAUGUGUGUGUGUGUGUGUGUGUUGGGGGGUUGGUGGAGAGGUUCACACGGACUUGUGGAUGCCUGACCUAAAAUAUUGCAGGCCUGUUGCACCCCUCCGCCUCCCCUGGACAUUGAGGGAAGCCCUGCCUAUGCCUUCAGAUCCCUCCUGGACUCCCGAUGUCGUGGGGGUCGGCUUCAGUACCUAGUGGACUGGGAGGGGUACGGCCCAGAGGAGCGGCGUUGGGUUCUGGUGGACGACAUUCUAGAUCCCAACAUCAACCAAGAUUUCCACCCCUCGCCGUCCGGACCGGCCCACUCCUUGCCCUUGGAGCCAUCCCCGAGCAAGGUCCCGUGACUGGAGCCACGCAUUGGGGUGCUGUCACACCUACUCCCACUCCAGCACUCGACGUCGCCAGUCUACUAACCACCAGUCAUGGCAACCCUCAUUAGGCACACCUGCAUCUGGACUUCGUCACUACCCCGAUUACUUCCCCUUUAUCUAGCACUCCCUAGCAUCACUUCCCAGGCAGUAUUGGAUUAGUUUUAUGUCCAGACGCUUCUCUAGUUUUUGUAACGCUCCAUGUUCGUUAUUAUUAAACUCACCAUCUACACCUG